AUGGCCAAGGAACAACUGGAAGUGCUGAAAGCACUUGAUGUGGCGAAAACACAAUGGUACCAUUUCACAGCAAUUGUGAUUGCUGGCAUGGGCUUCUUCACAGAUGCCUAUGAUCUCUUCUGCAUUUCCCUUGUCACCAAAUUGAUUGGCCGCAUAUAUUAUCAACAACCUGGAGCUGCAGAGCCUGGAAGUUUGCCUUCAAAUGUCUCGGCUGCUGUUAAUGGUGUGGCCUUCUGCGGCACCCUCACAGGCCAGCUCUUCUUCGGCUGGCUUGGUGACAAAUUGGGCCGAAAACGAGUCUACGGCAUGGUCCUUAUGGUCAUGGUCAUAUGCUCAGUUGCAUCCGGCCUCUCAUUUGGGAGAGACGCCAAGGCUGUGGUUUCGACACUUUGCUUUUUCAGGUUCUGGCUAGGCUUUGGAAUUGGCGGCGACUAUCCUCUCUCGGCCACUAUCAUGUCUGAGUAUGCAAAUAAAAAGACCCGUGGAGCCUUCAUUGCUGCUGUGUUUGCCAUGCAAGGUUUUGGGAUUUUGGCUGGUGGAAUGGUUGCAAUUAUAGUAUCUGCAGCAUUCAAGCACAGUUUUCCUGCACCCUCUUAUGAAGAUGAUGCAGCUGCCUCUAUUUUCCCACAAGCCGAUUAUGUUUGGCGAAUUAUUUUGAUGUUUGGUGCACUCCCAGCUUUGCUUACUUAUUACUGGCGUGCCAAAAUGCCCGAAACUGCUCGGUACACUGCCUUGGUUGCCAAGAAUGCCAAGCAGGCUGCUGCUGAUAUGUCGAAAGUUUUGCAGGUUGAGGUAGAAGCAGAGCAGGAGAAGAUAGAGCAACGAGGGAAUGAUUUUGGUUUGUUUUCCAAAGACUUUCUUAGCCGCCAUGGCUGGCACUUGCUUGGAACUACCAGCACAUGGUUCUUGCUGGACAUUGCCUUCUACAGCCAGAAUCUAUUCCAAAAGGACAUCUUCAGUGCCAUUGGCUGGAUCCCAAAGGCAAAGACCAUGAGCGCUCUUGAAGAGGUCUUCAAAAUUGCCAGAGCACAAACUCUCAUUGCUCUCUGCAGCACAGUCCCCGGGUACUGGUUCACCGUGGCAUUCAUAGACAGGAUUGGAAGGUUCACAAUUCAAAUAAUGGGGUUUUUCUUCAUGACAGUCUUCAUGUUUGCCUUGGCCAUUCCUUACCAGCACUGGACUCUUAGAGAGAACCGAGUUGGGUUUGUUGUGAUGUACUCAUUGACCUUCUUCUUCUCCAAUUUCGGUCCGAAUGCCACGACAUUUGUGGUGCCUGCAGAGAUUUUCCCAGCAAGGCUGAGGUCCACAUGCCAUGGUAUAUCAGCUGCAGCAGGGAAGGCUGGGGCAAUUGUGGGUGCAUUUGGAUUUCAGUAUGCAGAAAAGGGUAUUGGGGUGAGGAACUCCCUCAUAAUUCUGGGUGUGGUUAACUUCCUAGGGCUGUUGUUUACUUUCUUGGUGCCUGAGUCAAAGGGAAGAUCACUGGAGGACCUGUCUGGUGAAGCAGAGCAAGAAAAUGCAGCUCCAUCAGAAUCAAGGCAGCAGGAGAUUGAAAGUGGCACAAGAACUGCUCCAGUUUAA